AGGAGCUUAACUAAAGUGUUUCUAGAGUUCGCCGGAGUUCGUCGGAGUUUCGCCGGAGUUUCGUCGGAGUUCAACCGAGGAGCGUAGAACACACUAAAGCUCAUUUAAGGUAUCCCGGUCAAUAUGAUGAACGUCAGAGGGCUCGCUGAUUUAAAGAAGAAAAAGUCUUCCAAGGCCCCGAAGGGAGCGGAUGCUGGCGUCCCAAAACCCGCCGAUGACUUCUUCAAGAAGCCGGAGGGGCCGUCGGCGACCCCAAAUACUGACGUUGCUGCUGCUGCCAAGAGAAAAGGCGCGGGCAAGGCUCCCGAGGGCAAAAGGCCGAAGACGGGAGAUGCCGGGAGGAAAGGACCUCCCGUGGUUAUUGUUGACGAUUGUCCCGCCUCCGGGACGCAUGAUGAGGAGAUGACGGUGGCGGAGGUGCCGGGGGGUGUCCGGGAGCCAUCUUCUGAGGUCCUGACGGUUUCCCUCCCGGUAGGAACGGCCGUGAUGAAUUGCACGGCUGACCCGAGGGUGUUUCUGAGGGGUAUGACCCCUGAGAUUGACAGAGCAGCCCUCGGGGCUGAUGAUGACCAAGCCCUUGAGGACAAGAUCCUUCGGUAUUCCCUCACGACCUGCAUUACCUUCGGAGAGCAGGCCCGGAGGCUAGAGGAGUGGCGUCUUUGCAAGGCCGAGCAGGAUGCCAAGAUGCGGGAGCUCAUCCGCCAGAAUUCCGAUGCCAUCCGGCAGAUGACUAUGCUGGAGGAGAGCCUUCGGCAGAUGACCCUGCGGGCGGAGGCCGCAGACCGGGGCAAGGCCGAGGCUUAGAGGUCCGCAGCUGAGGCCCUUGAGAGAGCUGCUAGGGAGGCCGAGGCUGCCAAGGUGGAGGCCGUCGAGAAAGCCCGAGGGGACGCCAUCUCUGGUUUCUUGGCAGGGGGUGGCGAGCAGAGGAGCACAAACAAUGGCUGUCCUCGGUCGUCGAGUCCUCGGUCGACGAGUGGUGCGAUGGGCUCGAUGUGGAGUGGGUUUCCCGAAAGGGUAAACAGUACUAUGAUGGGGGCGAGUUUUUCACUCAAGCCCUUAUCUACCGGAGGAUGGCCCGCCACCUGAAGAUUGAGCAAAAGGAUUUUGACCCGGCAGCGUACGGACUUCCCCCCUGCAGCCAGAUGUCCGUGUUCCUCUCCCCUCCGAUGUCGAGAGGCCAGACCUGGAGGAUACCGAACUGAUGAAGGAGGCCGAGGGUGACGAACCUGAGGCCGGUACAAAGGUUACUUCAAAGCCUUCGGGGGAGACGGCCCCCGAGGAUGUUAAUUUGUAAUUUCUUAAUUCAACAUGUUUUGAACAAUCCCGUUGCAAUGAAUGCUUGUAUGCCCUCGGCCUUCAGCCCUCUGUAAUGUACAUUUGAAUUCCUUUUCUUUGAUGAAUGAGUACAUGCCUUCGGGCUUUUGGUAUAUAAUGUGUUUCCC